AUGGAGAAGAGUUUCAGGGCUCUGUUCUGUAUGGAUGAACAUAAAGUAGAGUAUGCCACUUAUAUGCUGGCAGAUGAAGUAGAUGAGUGGCGGACCUCUACACAGGAACUACUACUGCUCGAACUUAAAGAGGGGGUACCUAUCACUUGGGAUUGUUUCAAACGGGCGAUUUUGGACCGAUAUUUUCCCCUAACUCUCUGUGAGGUAAAAUCUAGGCAAUUUCUCGACGUAGUACAGGGAACCAUGAUGGUGGAACGCUAUACUGCGACGUUUGUGGCCUUAUCAUGGUUUGCAAGUUAUCUAGUUCCAGAUGAGGAAAAGAAAUGCGAAAAGUUCGAAUGGGGCUUGCAUCAGAGAAUUCAAAGUCACCUGAUACCCCUAAGGAUCCGUAAAUUCACCGAUUUGGUCACACAAGCCACUUUGGUAGAAGAAGACAUGAGGGCGAAUGCAGAACUACUCAAUCAAAGGAAACGCCAACAACCUAACUUGAGCCCAAUAGAAACAAGAAGCCUUCUCCCGGCUACUGGCAACAAUUACCUCAGAGUAUUCCAACGAAUCCAGCUUGCCAGAAUUGCGGGAAGAAGCAUGAAGGAAUUUGCUUAA